GCGCGACCUCAAUGAACCAGACGGCAAGCAACAAACCCUCAAAAGCAGCGCAGCGGUUGCAGAGUAUUCGCAAAAACUCCAUCAACCGCAAGAUCUACUCGGCGGCUUACCAAGAGUAUGAGAACAGUAAUUCGGAGGAGGAUGCGCAAGAGGAGGAGAAGGCUGAUUGCAAGGAUCCCAAGGAAAUCUUUCAGAACAUUCAGAUCCAGAAGGAAAUUAUCUCCAAUAUUCGAGUCAGGCCGUGGCCCAUGGACAAAAAGUUGAAGGUGCUGAGGCAAGCCAAAGAAAUCGUGCUGAAGUACGAAGGCAGGUUGACUAGGACGAGAGGCUAUCAGGCAGCAGGGGCAGAAAUGUGGAAGAAAUUUGGGAGACUGGUGUACAAUAUCAUGGUACUUUUCAUCCCCUGGGAGAUGAGAAUCAAGAAAAUUGAAAGUCAUUUCGGCUCUGGUGUGGCUUCUUACUUUAUCUUUUUGAGAUGGAUGUUUGGCAUCAACAUAGUGCUGACAAUAAUGACUGGAGCAUUUGUUAUAUUACCAGAGCUUUUAGCAGGAGCUCCAUUCGGAAGUGUUCCAAGCAAAACUAUUCCUGCGGGAUAUGUCGGAUCUGCACAAGAUCUGGACACCAUCUGGUCACUUGGGGGCUACCUCCAAUACUCUGUCAUGUUCUACGGCUACUAUGGCAACAAGAGGAAGAUUGGAAGGGCAGGCUACCAUUUGCCACUGGCCUACUUUAUGGUUGGAAUGGCAGUGUUUGCCUAUAGCUUCAUCAUCCUGCUGCGAAAAAUGGCAAAGAACUCCAGGCUGAGCAUGGCCAGUGCCUCUGAUGAGAACUACACCUUCUGCUGGAAGGUCUUCUGUGCCUGGGAUUACCUGAUCGGAAAUCCAGAGGCUGCAGAGAGCAAGACGGCCGCCGUCAUCAACAGUAUCAGAGAAGCAAUUCUGGAGGAGCAAGUGAAGAAAAAGGAUAGAAGCCUGGCAGUGAUUAUAAGUUUAAGGAUUCUUGCCAAUAUUCUGGUGCUUCUCUCAUUGGCCGGGAGUAUUUACAUCAUUUACUUUGUCGUUGAUCGCUCACAGGAGUUGGAACGCACUAAGAUCGAGUUGACGCUCUGGGAAAAGAAUGAGGUGAGCGUUGUUGUUUCACUCAUUACCAUGAUCGCCCCUUCUGUAUUUGAACUGGUGGCUCAGCUCGAGAUGUUGCACCCCAGAACUACACUGCGCUUCCAGCUCGCCAGGGUGCUGGUGUUGUACUUAGGCAACCUCUACAGUUUAAUCAUUGCUCUGCUUGACAAAGUGAACAGUAUGAGCAUGUCGGAUAAUGCUAAUGACACGGGCACAUCAUUUUUGGCAACCAGAGCCCUUCCAGAGGAGGAGAACCUCUCGACCAUUGUACCUGACAUCAGGCUGAGGCAGAACAUCACGUUCAGCUCAGGAGACAACAAAACAAAACCUAUAACCAAGUUUAAUAAGACGGCUAUAUACGAUUACAACAUUCUGUCACAACAAGAUCAAUGCUGGGAAACCUAUGUAGGACAGGAGAUGCUGAAGCUGUCCAUUAUUGACAUGCUUUUCACUGUCGGCAGCAUUCUGCUCAUUGACUUCAUCCGUGGGCUCUUUGUUCGAUACUUAAGUGACUGUUGGUGCUGGGAUCUGGAGAAUAAAUUUCCUGAGUAUGGAGAGUUCAAGAUAGCUGAGAAUGUUCUGCAUCUGAUAUACAAUCAGGGGAUGAUAUGGAUGGGUGCUUUCUUCUCACCUUGCCUUCCAGCAUUCAAUGUUCUCAAACUGAUUGGCCUGAUGUAUCUCAGGAGUUGGGCAGUGUUGACUUGCAAUGUUCCACACCAGCAAGUAUUCCGAGCUUCAAGGUCUAACAACUUCUACCUAGCCAUGACCUUGUUCAUGCUUUUCUUGUGUAUGCUGCCAACUGUCUUCGCUAUAGCAAGGUACAGACCGUCCCCGAGCUGUGGGCCUUUUAGCGGCCAAGAUAAGAUUUAUGACAUUGUGUCUGAGACAAUAGUGAAUGAUUUCCCUGGCUGGUUCAACACAGUGAUGAGUUAUGUCACUAGUCCUGUGGUGGUUCUACCUGCUCUGCUCCUGCUCUUUAUGCUGAUCUAUUACCUCCAAUCAAUUGCACGCUCACUAAAGUAUACCAAUAAUCAACUCAGGAUGCAACUCCAAGUUGAAAGAACUGAGGAUAAGAAGAAAGUAUUCCAGAUGGUAGCAGCAAGGUUUCAGAAUUUGGAGGAAGGCCACAAGAAAGCUGAGCAUGAAAGUGAUGUCACCAGCCAGGAAUCCUCCAUUCAGUCGUCACCCCGGAGGAACGGGAGUAUCGUGAACUUUGACUCCCCUGUCGGUGCGGGGAGUCACAUUCAGACCAUUUCACAUCAGGUGGCUCAUCCUGCCAAUGCCACCCGGGUUACCAAUCUAGCACAAACCCCAGCUGCUGGUGUUGCCCAGAAACACAGGGGUGAGCACCUCCCCCAAAGGCAUCCAGGUGCAAUGCCAGGAGCCACAAGUGGCCUCUACGGAGCAAAACCAUCUUCCAUCCGGGUGACCAAAUUACCUGAGCAUGUUUGUUCCAAUGUUCCAUUUAGGAAAUGCAUCAGACCGCUAAGCUAUUCACCUGCAGAAGGUCCCCCACAGACAAUUCUCGGCCGCAGAGUCCACACAGCCCGUUACAUACUCGUCAACGAGCGUGAAUCCAGGAAGAGGUUAAUGCGUCCGAGCGCCCGGAUGCCAAAGCAUUACAAGGUGGAUGAGCCCAGGGAGAUGGUGGAAGUGCUGCCGAGAAGCGUGAAAAGGUAUGUAAUGCAUGGAGCACAAAGGGCAAAUUCACAGCUACACUUCAGUGAAGAGGAGGACGAAGAGGACAUGGAGCAAAGUUCCUUUAGCAGGUCACCUCGCCCCCAUUCACUGUCUGAUCUCCACCAACCCACUCGCUUCUACAUCGGUGACAGCAAAGACAGUCGUUUGUUGAUCGGGAAGGACCUGGCCCAGAUUCAGUACGAAUCAUACAACGAAGAGUGUGAGUUACCACAGGAUCAUGCUGCUCCCGGGACAUCGCACGCUCAGCGGUACAGCAAAGGGCAGGAACCUGUUGACCAAUGUGUAGGAGCUCACGUCAAACUGAAAACGAAGCAGAAAGCAGACCAGUCACUGACCGAAUCAGACUCUGUAUCAAUAGCAUCGAGCAGUGAUCAGCAAAACAGCAGCACCGACCAGUACAUUCAGGUCAUUCACAGUAAGGAGAAGUACUUGAAAUCUUCCAGUGACAAAUCGAGUAGGCCCAAGUUAAGAGCAAGUAUUGAACUAAAUGUUGCAGAGGCUAAUGACCUGAUAUGUUCAAAUGUCUAGAGCAACACCUUAGUUUACACACAAGGACAAGAUGUACAGAACUUGAUACUGCAUGAGGUUUUAAAAUGAAUAAUACAAGUGAUAUUGAGGGGAUGUUGAAUAAGUACGUGAGAGAGAAAGGAACAGGCAGCUUUGUUGACAGUGUUUGAUGAUGGAAGUAGGCUCACAUGGAGCAGAAACAGCUGUCGGAUCUGUGGACCCAGGGAGGCAGUUACUGUGCUCUAAAUCCAAUGGGAUGAACCAUGAGGUCAAGGCCAGCCAUUCAAUGCACACACCCUAAAUCCCGACCCUCUCAGAUCUGUCUAGUCGCCCGCUGCUGGACUUCCUGGCGCUACUCUUGCCGGGAUUCUCCAGCAUUAUCCUGGGAAUCACCAUCAAUGCUGUAUCAGAAUGCCCCAGCAACAUUUGUUUAAAAUUAUUUUGCGCUAGACUAAUGUCUUUAAUUAUUUCUGUGUUUUCAGUUACUUGUUUUUUUCAAACAAUGCAAACUUUGUUUUGCAUUACUUAUCUUGAUUUAGUUGUUCUUCAAUGUCUCUGAAUGCCAAAAACAGUUAGAAGUUGUUAGGAUCAUUGACAGCUUUAACACAAGGAUACGGUGGCUAAAAGGAGUUAAGAUGCAAACAGCCUGGAUCUGAUUGGUGGGCUGGGUUCAAGGAAAUGAAUGACCACUUCUCUAAAAUGUGCUGUUAGUCUUCUCAAUAGACUACUACUAGAGAGACACAAGAGGCUCCAGAUACUAGAAGCUGGAGCAAAAAAACAAACUGCUGGAGGAAUUCAGUGGGUCAGGCAGCAUCUGUGGAGGGAAUUGGACAGUCGACCUUUUGGGACGGACCAGGGAUAUGAGUCCACAGGGUCAUUGGAAUUUGAUUGUGGAUGGAGGUAUUCCCAUAACAUUGAAGUAUCUAGACAAGCAUUUGAAUCACCAAGGCACAGAAGGAUACAGACCAAGUGCUGAUAAAUGGGAUUAGUGUAGAUAGGAGUUUGAUGGUCAACAUAGACAUGGUGGGCUGAAGGGCCUGUUUCUCUGCCGUAUGAUCUAAACUUAGUAAGGAGAUGCGGCUGAUUAUUUAAUUAAAUAAAUACCUGAAAGAAAUUUCAUCUUGUAAUGGCAGGUAUAGUGAGUUAGGAUGGAUUGUGAAUCAAUAUGACUUUGUAAAGUUUAAAAGGAGUGUUUUUACUUAAUGCAAAAGAAAUAAGUGACUGUUUCUCCCUCUCUAACCUCUCUUUGUAGACAAUAGGCAAAAUUCUGGGUUGGUGCACUCAUUCAGAAAGCUUGCAUAUACGUAAGGCAUAAGAGACUGCAGAUACUAAAAGCAGAUGUUUGUUGUAUAGAUGUAAAAUGUCCGAUGUGUUAAAACAUGACAAGAGCAAUUAUCAACAAAAUUUGUCACUGAUUCAUACAAAGUGGAAUUAAGAGACAUGGCCGAAGCUUGAUCAAUGAAUGACAUUGUGAUGAAGUCUUAAAGGAUGUGAGAGAUAGAGAAGCCAGGAGGUAGAAAAGAGGAAUUCCAGAUGUAAGAGGCAGUAAAUUCCUCCCUAACCAAGGCUGGUUUAAGUGUUUUCUUUGUACAUUUUAAAUUCAAAUGUAACUUAGUCACAUAAUUUUACAGCAUGCUGUCUGCAAUGUGAAUGGAAUUGUUUCCUAAUAUCAUUCUAUCUUACUACAUGGACUCAACAGUUUUUGCAACUUCUAUGAUAUGUACGGUAUGCACAGAGUAUUAACCUCACCGCAUGCUUGAAAGUACAUUUUGAAUUUAAAUCUCACACCUUGUGUUUCAA